AUGGAAUCGCAAUUACAAUUGUUUUUUGACAAAAUAAAGACAGAAAUGAACAACCAAACUAAAGAAAUUUUAUCACAAAUAGACGAAAAAUUAAAACCUCUAGUCCUCGAAAUUGAAGAACUAAAAAGAGAUAACAUCAUAAAAGUGCAAUCACGAUGGAAAACUGCAAGAGAUACAUAUAUGAAAGUGAAAGCAAGUAAGAAAAAACUGAAAUCUGGUGCAGGCGCUAGUACGAACAAGAAAUACAUUUUUUUUCAAAUGUUAACUUUUUUAGAUUCGAACUCAAGUAAUGAAGCAGAUGAAUCUAUAGAAAAUCAGUGUGAAGAUCAAGACUCAUCAACAAAUGCAAUAAAUUAUAAUAGCAGCUCAGUACCCAGCACCAGUACCAGUAAUUCAAAUCUUGAACGGACAAAUAAUACAGAGCCAGAAUCAUCACGAAAACGUAAACGUCAAGUGUCACCAACUGCUUUUGAAAAAGAAUUGUUGCAAUGUGUUAAACAAAACAAUUUAGAUUCUAAUGACGAAGACUUGAAUUUUUUUAAAUCUUUAAUCCCAACAGUUCAAAAAUUGUUAUUUCGAAACAAAGUGUUAGAAGCUUUAAUCGACAUCCAAAAAGAAACAGUUAUUACUCUGGAUGAUUUACCAUCAAUUAAUAUAGGUUUAUCAGAAACGCAAAAUACAACUAGCACGAUUGAUUUAAGAUCACUUAAUAUCGGAACAGAAACUCAAAACACAGAUACAAUAGAAUAUUAAUUAGAAUUAUAUGAGAAUAAAGACUUCAAGAAUAUUAUUAAGACUGCUUUCAGACUGGACUGACAGUUGUGUCUACCAAGUGGAGUGAUGGGUCUCUCACCGUUCCGGCAACGUGACGACGUCGUCGAUGACGGUGCCGGGGCGCGGGUUCUCUCCGGAGCG